AGGUGGUGAAUUUUUGGAAUAGUUCCUUUAAUCAAAUGUGUUUUUUUAUUUUUUUAUUUUUUUUUUUUGGUUACUGUCGCUUUAGGCUCCAUCGCCAGAGCUGCAACGUCCACAACCGAUCCAGCCAACUCAGGUAGUUCAGCAACCAACUCAAGUAGUCCAGCAGCCAACUCAGGUUGUUCAACAGCAACCAGGAGCUACUGCUCAAUGCCCAUGUCCGGAAACAGCUUGUGUUUGCGUAUCAAUUGGUGUCGGUCAAAACCAGCAAUAUACUCAACAACAACAACCACAACAGCAACAGUCAAACUGUCAAACUACAACAACCCAACAACAAUACUGUCCGCAAAACGACCAGGAACAGUAUAUUGUACAACCACAACCAUGUCCACUGGUCCAAGGCCAAAGUACAUCAAACGCACAAUAUCAGGGCAUCUGCUCUUGGAUGGUUGAUCCGCUAGCGACUGAUCCACAAAGUAGGACUCACUACUUGCAGUGCCAACCAGCUCCAAACAACCUAUUUUGUGGUAGAUGGCAGAGAAUGCCCUGUGCGCCUAGCACAGUCUUUGAUGUUAAUGCACAAGUCUGUGUCUGGGAUCCAAGUAAGUAUUCAACUGCUCUACCGGGAACUGUUCCAGUAGGUGAACAAGUCAGCCAGUCAGCGCAGUAUCAACCGCAAGGACAGUUUCCGACUCAAGGACCAGUUCAGCAGUAUUCAACUAACGGCGUUACAGCAGUACCAAUAACCGUUUCAACAACACAGCCGGCUACUUGUUCAUGCACUGGUGGUGUACUGAUUGGAUCGUGUAAUGUAAACUAUCAGUGCCCUGGUCAAUCAGUCUGCCAAGUUGGAGGUCAAAAUGACCAACAGGUUAGCACUGCAAACCUACCUUAUUUUUCUUCGUAG